AUGGGGUUCUGGACACUGAUGGAAGGGUUGUUGCUAUUCGCAAACGCACUCGCUAUCCUCAACGAAGACCGUUUCUUAGCACCCAGAGGAUGGACACUCACGGAGCUUCACCAAACCGGCAAAAGAAACUCCCUCAAAGGCCAAAUCGUUGGUCUCAUCCACGCCUGCCACUACAUGAGGCUCCCUCUCAUGCUCUUUAACUUAAUCGUCAUCGUUUUUAAGCUCUUCUCCGGUUAAUAACAAAAUAAAAUUAGAUUCUAAUAAUUCAACCCAAACACACUUCUCUUUUUUUUUUUUUUGUUAACCCUUGUCGGAACAAGAACUUUGUUUGUUAAUUCAUUAAAAUUCAAAACCUGUAUACAUUAUUGUUCUGAAAAGACUUUGGAUAGAGUUUCUUCAUUCAACAGGGAUCAUGACUUCGUUGGUCUUGAAAGGAGGUAACGUCCAAGGAGGAUUAUACCUAGCAAGGACAUAAUCUCCGGUGAUCUUAAACCCAUCUCUCUCGAGAUCACUCCUCAGCUUCUUAACCUUCUCCUCCACCACACUCUCUGCCGCAUUUCCACCGAACGUGACCACGCCGUACUUCCUCCCUCCUUCCUCCUUAAUCACCACCCUCUCGUCCGUCGGACGCGGCGCGUCCUCCGCCUUCUUGUACACUUCCGGCAACAGAAACUGCAUCGUCACCGUCUUCUUCUCACUACCUUCUUCCUUGGUCACAACCGGAGCUGUCAUGGCGAUCUUCUCCCCUUCCUUGGUGAUCACCGGAGCUGUCAUGGCGAUCUUCUCAGGCUUCUGGUUCUCCGGUUUGCCGAACACGCCUAUGUACUUGGCCAAGACCGUGAACCCUCCGUCUCUGUUGUCUUUGAACUCAGAAGGAUCGUAAGUGAUCUCGGCCGCAACGGCGGGUGGAUACUCACGAAUCUCGUAACCGUCGCAGGAUUUGACCACGGUGUAUUUGGGUGUCUCCACGGAGAUUUUACCAAACACCAUUCCCAUUAUGUAAGCUUU